AUGCAUGUGGGAUCCCAUUUGACCACACUAAAAAUCGCAUCUGGUAAGAUCAUUGUCAAUAUAACAAGGAUAUUUAACAAGCUGAUCAAUUUAAGAUGUUUUCCUCACACUGUUAAUCUUGCUUGUAAAGCAGUUAUUGCCGCUCUGGCAAGAUCUGACUAUGGCUCCACUACAGGCGAUCACACCGACCCAAUCAGCACUCUCCGUGCACUAGUUCGGGCAGUGCGGGCUUUGUCGCUCCGCCGCCAGCACUUCUCAGAGAUCUGUGAAAAAUAUGACCUUGAUCUUCAGCUUUUAUGUGAUGUUGAUACUCGCUGGUCCUCAACUCUAUACAUGAUUGAACGGGCAUUGCAUCUAGAAAAACCUCUGGACGACAUUUGCUCAUCUGAAGAGUUUCAGGACUUGGAGAAGUUUAAACUCUCAUCUGAAGAAUGGGAUGGACUUGCAGCUGCACGGGAAAUUCUCAUGGUGCCAGAAGCGUUUCAACAAAAGCUUUCUGCAGAAAAGACUCCUACUUUAUGUAAUGUGUUGCCGGCCUUUGACACGAUGGUUUCUGUGUGGAAUGAGCUGCAGGAAAGUAUGGAUGAGCCGUACUUUGAUAUUAUUCAGGCCGGGAUUGAUAAGCUUGAUGCAUAUCACAAUCGGGCUGAGCUCGUCCCUGCAUACAUGAUCUCCAUGUGUGAGUUGAGCUUCCUUAUUAUACCUCAGAUGAUCUACUAA